UUGCCCAAAAUGCAUCGCGCGCCUCCAUGUCGCUCUCUUCGGCUCCACCAACAAAGUGAAGAUGGUGCAGCGACUGACUUAUAGACGUCGUCUUUCCUACAAUACCAAAUCCAACAGGAAAAGGAUCUCCAAGACUCCUGGAGGAAAGUUGGUUUACUUGUACACAAAGAAGCCAGGCAAGGUUCCAAGAUGUGGAGGCUGCCCAAAGAAACUCCAAGGAUUGCCAGCUCUCCGUCCAAAGAAGCUGAUGCACAUCUCUAAGCCCCGAAAAACUGUAAGCAGAGCAUAUGGUGGCUCACGAUGCGCCCGUUGUGUGAGAGAAAGGAUAGUCAGGGCUUUCCUUAUCGAGGAACAGAAGAUUGUUGUCCGUGUCCUUAAAGCACAGCAAGGGAAAAAAACAUCCUCUGAUUAAAGCUGGAAAAUAAAUGUUUUGUUGUACAUA